AUGGACGCAGCGGGCAAACCUGUGUUCAGUCCUGCAGCCAGCUCUGAUGUCUUUGCUGCUGAAAUGGAGAGAUAUCCUCUAAAGGUUGUGGUUGAUGGUGUGUACGAUGUGAAACUGUAUCCUGAGGACGGUGAGACAACAACAAUUAUGAACAUCAAAAGGGGUAUCAUCUCCGCCCUGGCUGUGCCUUUACUGGAAGAAGACAAAAAUAAGAAUAUGCCCACUAUCCACGGAAAGUGCAAGACCAUUUAUUCCAUCAAUGCUAGAGAAGACAUUGCAACUGACAUCAGCUUCACCAGGGACCUGUCCAGAUGUGACAAAUUUAGCCCCAUGAGAGAUCACACCAGCCCCUUGGCGCUUAUUUCUGGCAUGCACUACCCUCUUGCCCAGCUAAUCAGAAGCACCCAGACCUGCAACUACAAGUUUGACAACGAGAAAAAACACAUGACCUCUGGGUCUUGCACUGAGAACCACAUCCUCAUUCCCUUCUCUCACAAGGGAGAAAGUGGAGUUACCAAUGUUGGAAAGCAGGAACUGACUCUGGUUGAGGUUUCUCAUCACAAUGAAAGAGUAUUUGACCGCAGUGAUGUUGAACUGGGUCUUCACAUGGAGGCUGUUGAGGACAAGAGUGUUAAAGAUGCAGGUCUGAACCUCCUGAGAGAACUGGCCACUCUUCCCGAGACCAAGGGUGAGAGGAGGGCCCAUCUCUUCCACAACAUUGUUGCCAUGGUCCGUGGAAUGAAGACUGACACCCUUAGUCCCGCCAUUCCUGAGGCCCUUGCAGUGUCCCCUGUCCUGACCUACCAGGUCUUGGCCCAGUGUGGAACCCCUGAGUGCAGCAGUGCCAUCAUGCAGAUCCUCAGGACUUUUGAUACCUCCUCAGUCGAGGUUGAUGCCGGAGUCUUUGCUAUGGGACUCGUAUCCAAUCCUUCUGCCCUCUUGAUCAAUGACAUGCUCGAGAUGGCCAAAUACAAGCCCAGCAAGCCCAUCAUGUAUGCCCUGAGCAAUGUUGUCAAGAGGUUUUACAAAGCCGAGGGAAAACUGAUCCCUGAGAUAUACUCUGUUGCUGAGUUCUUGGCUGCACAGUUGGGUGACUGUUCUGGUGACAACGACAACACUUUCAUGACACUGAGAGUUAUUGGAAACAUGGCUCCAGCUCUGGUAUCUGCUGGCCCCACACUCAGAUUUGCUGUCAUCCAGUGUGUGAACCAACCUGCUGCAUCCCUGGCUGUGCAGCAGGCGGCCAUCCAAGUGUUCAGGCUGACUCCCGUCCCUGAAGAGGGCAGAGAGAUUCUCAUGCAGGUGCUUUUGGACAGUGCCAGCCCACUGCAAAAGCGCAUUGCCGCAUAUCUGGUACUUAUGAAGGACCCCCAGCCCACUGAACUGGCCCAGCUUGCUGAUGUCUUGCAUAAUGAGCAGGACAAACAAAUCAAGAGCUUUGUGAUCUCCCACAUUACCAACCUUUUGUCCUCAACUGAGGCAGAGACCCAAGAACUAAGACAAAAUAUUCGUGAUGCCCUGCAGGGUAAUGAGGUUGGGCCCACCAUGGACCCAACUAAGUUCUCUCGCCACUACAUGAUCGGAUCUGUGGAGGGUAACAUGAUCUUUGAGGGUACCAGCUACCUGCCCAAGGAAGUCAUGCUUGAAAUGACCCUGAAGGCAUUUGGCUUUGACAUUGACAUGAUGGAGGUUGUUAUGGAGGGCAAAGGAUUUGAGCCAACUGUUGAUGCCCUGUUUGGAGAGAAUGGCUUCUUCCCUGACACUGCCCUGAAGACAAUGUACUUUGCCUCUGACAAAAUGCCACUGAGAGUCAAUGAGAUCCUUCAGAACAUGCUGCCUACUCUGAAACAGGACAGAAUGAGGAGACAGGCCUCCCAAAACCUGAUGAAGGAGAUUGGGCGCAACCUCAAUAAACUUGUGAGGGAAAUGAAGACGGCACAGUCUCCCGAGGCAAUGGUUUAUCUGAGACUUUUGGGAAAUGAGCUGGGAUAUCUGAGGACCACUGAAAUCACAGAGAUGGCCUACUCUGCAGCCAUGAUGAUUGACAGCAUGCUCAAGAUGUUCCCUACUGAUAUCAUUAAGGCACUGAUGGCCAAGGCUGACAACACAUUCUUUGCCCACUACAUCUUCAUGGACAAUGAAUUCUUCCUGCCUACUCUCACUGGGGUGCCUCUGAGGAUUGCACUGUCUGGUCCUUUCACCCCUGGUACUAAGGGUGGAUUUAGGAUUGCUCGUGACAUGAGCAAAGUUACCUUCAUGCCCUCUGGGGGCAUUGAACUUGUAACUCAGGUUGGCUCCCAUAUCCCUGAAUAUGUAAACUCUGGAUUUGAGAUGCACACCAACAUUUUCCACAAGAGUGGGCUCAGUGCCAAGAUCUCCAUGGAAAGUGGCAAUGUCAAGCUGACCAUCCCUGCUCCAAUAAGUCCUACAAAGCUCAUCAAAAUGACAAACACCCUGAUGUCAGUCACUUGAUCAGAUGUGAAGACCAUUUCCCCUAUGAUGGUGGAAAAGAUUGAUGUUAGUGAGUGCACUACUGUCUUUGCUGGAAUGAAAUACUGCACUGCUCUGCAGUACACUGAUGCUUUCUCUCAGGAGACAGCCCCCUACUUCCCCAUCACAGGACACAGCAAAUUUGCUGUGGAGCUCCAUCCAACUGGUGAAGUCACUGAGUACACAGCCACUGUUCACUAUGAGCUCCUUAGCGAGGGAGAAG